AUGGAAAAACCCAACGGAUAUGCACGUUCAGUUUGCCAGAGUGCCGUCGCUAACCAAAUUCCCGAUGUGCUCAUUGAUUUGACGCUCAAUCAAAAGUUUAUUUGCUUUCUGGGCUACAUCGCUCGCCAACUGGAUUGUGGAAUAAUGACUGUGGAUGCUCCAAGUUGCAUGCCCUUUCCCGUUCAACAGUCAGGAUUCAUGGCCACGGAUGAGCUGAAACAAGUGGGAAUUCCAUCCGUUCGAUUCCCGCUUCUUGCACCACUGGUCGCCUUAUCCUCGUACACAAAUGUAUUGCACAAUGUGUUCCACACCGGUUCCAUGUUUGUGUUGGGUAUGCGAGACAGUAAGUGA